GUUCGAUCUGAAGCAUUCAAUGUAUAAUUAGCUGCUCUAGUCAAUAUCAUCGCUAUGCAAACAAAACAUUAGAUCACGUCUUUUACUGAGCGAUAGCGCGAUGAGGCGAAGACUGCCAAAGGGUGUCACGUCGAGAGGUCAUAAAUGCAGAGAGUAUCCUGAAGUCUAAGACAUGAUCUUUAGCUCGAAGCGCAGUGCUCAAGACAAUUCCACACCAGCAACGAAGAUGGGUUUCGCUUCGUUCUGGCAAGAUGCCAGGAAGUCGGGACAGCAAUAUCUGGCUACACAACAUGCCGAGUCGGUAGAGUCAGUCGUUCGCGAUGGUAAUCUCGAAUACACCAAAGAAACUGCUGGAAAUGAAUCUCAGCCAUCCUACCAAGAAGCGUCUGGCGCACCCGUCGAGAAGGAAUCACCUCUUGGAUAUGAAAUCAACUGGUUCACUGUCAUCUUCCUCAACAUUGGUCAAAUGAUAGGAACAGGAGUUUUUUCUACCCCGGGGUCAAUCCUCAGCGGGCUUGGUUCCGUAGGAUUAAGCUUAUUCUUCUGGUUCAUUGGCCUUUUGAUCGCAUUUGCAGGAUUCUCUACUUAUCUUGAACUUGCAUCCUAUUUUCCUAAUCGUUCCGGGGCACAAGUCGUCUAUCUCGAGCAAGCCUACCCUCGACCAAAAUACUUUUUCCCAACAGCUUAUGCUAUGUUGAACAUCCUACUGGCAUUUAGCAGCAGUAAUGCGAUUGUCUUGUCAACUUACACGUUCCGCAUUGCUGGCACCGAGCCUACUGAAUGGCAAGCCAAAGGUGUUGCGAUUGCUGGCUUCACUCUUGCUACGAUUGUGGUCAUCAUCUCCAACAAAUGGUCUCUUCGCUUUUCCAACGUCAUCGGUGUUAUCAAAGUCCUCACCCUGGUAUUCAUCAGCAUAACUGGCUUCGUCGUUCUUGGAGGACGCGUCAAAUCUAUUCCUGACCCAGGAGCAAAUUUCCGCGAUUCUUUCGCAGGUGCCACCGGAGAUGCUUCUGGUGUGGUGAGAGCUCUUGUCAGAGUAAACUAUGCUUAUGAAGGAUGGUCUAAUUCAUUCAACAUGGUCAAUGAAAUCAAGAAACCUAUUAAAACAAUUCGAUGGGCAGGUGCUCUGUCACUUGCAAUUGUCGCUGUUCUUUAUAUGCUCUGUAACAUUGCAUAUUUUGCUGCAGUUCCCAAACAAGACGUCCUCGAAUCGGGCACUGGAGUCGCAGCUCUUUUCUUUGGAGCUGUCUUCGGGCCAGGCAAUGCUGCUAGAGGAUUGAACUUCCUUGUUCUCCUAUCAUCGUUCGGCAACCUCGUUUCAAACUUGAUUGGUUCCUCCCGUAUUAUCCGUGAAUGUGGACGACAAGGUGUACUGCCAUAUCCAGCAUUUUGGGCAUCGACUCAACCAUUCGGAACGCCACUCGGGCCAUAUGCCUUCAAAUACGUCCUCACACUAUUGAUGGUUCUCGCCCCUCCAUUCGGAGACGCUUUUGAUUUCCUUGUCGACUUGAAAUCGUACCCAGAUGCGGUGUUCGCCGGUUGUGUUGCAGUAGGAGUAUUCCUUAUCCGCCGCCAGCGUAAGCGCAUCAACGCCGAAAGACCCGAGUUCAAAACCUGGGACGUGGUAUUACUGUUUUACAUCGCAAUUCAAAUUAUACUUCUCGUGAUGCCUUGGGUUCCUCCCGCAGGUGGAAUCAAUGCGGGAAGUGUCAGCUUCUUCUAUGCAACAUAUUGUUUUACUGGUAUUGGAAUUCUCGCAGCUUGCGGUGUCUACUACUGGAUCUGGACGCACUUCCUUCCUAGGCGAGGAAACUAUGCCCUUCGCCAAACAGUUAUCGUUUUGGACAGCGGCGCCCAAACCCACAAAUUGAACAAGGUUCCCAAUUCCGAGCUUGCGGAGUGGGAUGCUAGGCACGAUGUUGUAGGCAAGGAAAUUUCUAGUGGAAGUAAAGUGGAUUCGAACACUGGCAGUAAUGAGGAUGAAGUUAUUCGUCAACGGGUUCCAGAUGAGAAGACUAAUAAUUACAGGGAGGUAUAG